UUUCUUUGCCCAUCUGGCGGGCGAAGAUUUCACAGCUGCACAAAAUGUCCGCUCUUUUCAACUUUCAGUCGUUGCUUCUCGUGAUUCUCUUGAUAAUCUGCACGAGCAGCUAUGCGCACUCGAUAAUGCCGGGGAUUAUGGACCGGAACCAGAAUGGAAUAUUUGGGAUCUUCUGGAAGUGUGCUCGAGUUGGAGAGCGACUCAGCCCGUACGUCAGCAUAUGCUGUGUCGUGAUGGCAGUCUCGAUCUUCUUCGGUGGUUAACCUUGCUUAAAUAUCAAUGGGUGAUUGAGGAGAG